AUGUAUCAACUGGAAAGUCGGCCAUACGCACAGCUUCAAAACAACAUAUGGAAUAAUGUAAUCGACCUAUUUAUAUGCAUACAGGGUCAUAUGUUUUGGAUAUACUCUGCAAUUUUCUGUUUGUGGGAGGAAUCCAGUAGUCAUCCUCUAUGCCCGUUAGAGAACGUCAAAAUUUCAUCCAGACCCAUAGCGCCAACUACGCCAGCAUCACAAUCCACAAGGAGCUCAGAACAACCUAGUAAAACGAAGUCGUCCCAGAAAAAGCCAACUAUACAAGCAUCAAAAGAACAUCGAUCUGUAGGCCGCUCGCAUGAUAGUGUUAGCUCACCAUGUCUCAUCAAUUCGGCGGACUAUAAAUUCAAAGCGAGCGUUCAAGUAGACUCGACUGCCGGUCAUCAGCGCAAGAAACGCGAUCAAUGGCAAGCGACUAUAUCACAGAUAAUAAAGCGACGAGAGCCAAAAAGUCAAGUCGGGCCUUUGCAACAGAUAAAAACAUCAGCGUCUACUCCAUCUCUGCUAUUGUCGUACCAAACUGAACAACCCCCAGUACCCUAUAAAAUCCCUCGACGAUCUACCGCACCAUCCGUUUCACGUACCAAUGAUUGGCGCCCGUCAAUUCAUGAAGAAAGACAUGGCAUUACCAAGCCUCCAAAGUGGUGGCGAAAAAUGACUAUGGGGUCAUGGAAACGUCGGAACAGUGCCUGA